AUGCUUAUCUUCUUCUUCAGAUAUGUUCUAGGCCCUCCGGGACAGAGCGUCCGAUCUGCCAUCGCCAAAGUAGGUUACGGAGUUACCUCGACUGUAUGGUUCGCCCGGGACCUGGUUAACUCCACCUACGUUGUCCUCAAGCUCUACGUCCUAGGACAAGAAAGAGACCAUGAGCUAAAGAUCUAUAAUCACAUACAGUUCAUCCGCAAAUUACUCAACCACUUCUUCAUCGAUGGUCCUCACGGCCGCCAUAUUUGUCUUGUUCAUGAGCCCCUGGGGAUGAACACCUCGGAUCUGCUGCACUCCAUCCCCGGCAAAACAAUGACUCUCGAACUCAUGAAACCCGCUAUCCGCCAAUUGCUCCGUGCCUUGGACUUUAUGCAUUCCGUGGCGGGUGUCAUCCAUACGGAUAUCCAAUUGAAAAACCUCCUUCUUCCUGCACCUUCAGCAUCUGCACUCUCUGAUUUCGAAGAGCGUACGAUCAACCAACCAGUCCCAAGAAAGGUCCUCAAAGAUCGGACCAUUUAUACCACCUCGUCGUUUCCCGCCGGAGACGGAUACCCUCUACUCGGCGACUUUGGCGAGGCCCGAAUUGGUAACGAGCCACGCAAUGAGAGCAUCAUGCCGGACUAUUACCGCGCGCCUGAAGUUAUCUUGAAGUCGACGUGGGACUACAAGGUCGAUAUCUGGAGUGUUGGGAUGGUCGCAUGGGAUAUCGUCAGCCCUCGCACCCUCAUUAAAGGUAACACUAUCGACGGGAUAUCUGACGAUGGAGCCCACAUCGUGGAGCUCGUAUCUCUACUCGGUCCUCCACCAUCCUCAUUCCUCAAAAACACACCCAUGAGCAGGAUAUUCUGGGAUGAAUCCGGAGCUUGGAACAAUCUGGUCCCGAUUCCUGAUCAAAAUCUAGAUAAUUUAGCGGCCGACAUCCGAGGCGAGGACGUGGAGGGAUUCCUGCGAUGGUUGCGUUUAGCCCUGCAAUGGAAUCCGGAGGAUCGGCUGACGGCGUUGGAGUUGUUGAUGGAUCCGUGGUUGAUGAAAGGGCUUAAUCUUCGGAAGUGAGAUGUGAGGAUGACGUAAGGGUAACGAUCGCAUUUUAGUAUUGAGUAGAUCUAGUUGUUGGGUUGCACAAUCACG